CUGUCUUGAACAGACAAGUCGAGCAGAUCCUGAAGGACCCUGCAGUUCACUAUGGCGGCGCCCGAUGGAACUUUAAACUGUGAGGACUUUUCGAUGUUUCAGGAGGUGCUGAAGGUGAUGCGCACCAUAGACGACCGCAUCGUCCAUGCUCUGAACACUACCGUGCCCACGGUGUCCUUCUCAGGAAAAGUGGAUGCCACACAAACCUGCAAACAACUCUAUGAGUCUAUGAUGGAGGCCCAUAUGAACAGAGACAAGGCUAUUAAGGCCUGUAUAGCUCAGACAUCUGAGGUGGUGGGACAGCUACGUGAACGGCGAGCAAAAGAUAGUGAAAACAUGGCACUAAUCAAACAGCUCCGAAAGGAGCAAACCAAUUUAAAGCUAAUGCAGUCAGAGCUGAAUGUUGAAGAAGUUGUCAAUGAUAGAAGUCUGAAGGUUUUCAAUGAAAGGUGCAGAAUCCACUACAAGCCUCCGAAGGUGAAGUAAAGUGAAGCUCCAUCUGAAGAAAAGAGGCAACUUCGCUCCAAAGUUUGAAUCAAGACUGGAGCUGAUACUGUGAACAGCUGCUGAGUCCUGCUUGCAGGCUGCUCACCAUCCAGACCUCUGUGACCUCCUCUCCAUCUCACUCAUAUUCCAUGUGAUUAUUGCAUUGCAUUACCAUCCUUGUAUAAGAGUCAUCUGUGUGCUUCCUUACAAAGAAUUAUUGUACAAAAGGAGUUUUUUUAAAAAGACAGUUAAUAGUU